GAUCGAUAUCGCACGCACGAUACCAGCAGCGACAUAAAGAGAAACCAGACAGGUGAACAGAAUGAACAGCACAACUUCAACCUUGCAUAUAGACAGAAAUCCCGUGGUUUUCUUUGAUAUAGCCUUAGGAGGCGAGCCUCUAGGUCGUAUAAAGAUGGAACUAUUUGCCGAUGUUACGCCCCGAACAGCAGAGAACUUCCGCCAGUUCUGUACGGGAGAAAGUAAAAAUGCACAGGGACGGCCGCAGGGAUACAAAAAUAGCAAAUUCCAUCGGGUAAUCAAAGACUUUAUGAUCCAAGGUGGUGACUUCGUUAAUGGAGAUGGAACGGGAUCUUGUACCAUAUACGGCACUCCAAGGUUCUCAGAUGAAAAUUUCCUAUUGAAGCAUGACCAUGCUGGCCUACUUAGUAUGGCAAAUUCUGGUCCGAACACAAAUGGGUGUCAGUUUUUCAUUACAACAACUGCAACCCCAUUUUUGAAUGGCAAGCAUGUUGUUUUUGGUAAGGUGGUGGAAGGGAUGGAUGUCGUGCGGAUGAUUGAGAACACCAGAACGACCCGAGAUAAGCCCAACCAAGAUGUUCUGAUUGUGCAAUGUGGGGAGAUGUGA